UGGGUACUUUCCAUUUGCUAGAUGGGGGAGGCAAGUGGAACGCAGUGUACAUUUUUUGGAUCUCCAUCCUCAAACAAGAGUUAGGUUAUGAGUAGUUCCCUGGAUAAUUGAGAGCAUUAUCCACCAAGUUCAAGAUUAAGAACAUCUGGCAUAAACAGUUAAAGCAAGAAGUGACUUCUCGUAUCUUCCCCCGGCCCCUGGGACAUGGGUGGUCUAGUCCAUUCCACAGACUUUCGCUCCCUAGCAGCGGGUCGGAGAUCGAAGGAUUGGGCCAAUUGCGGCUGAAACGUCUUUGGAAGGAGAAAGGGGGUGAGGGAGCAUCCCUUUGAGUUCCGCCUCUUCUUUUGGAGGCGGUGGUGGGGAAGGGAGACAUACGAAAUACUGCCCUCUUAAGCCCGCGGAUCGUACAACUCGCAGCAAACUGCCGGGAGGGCGGCGGGAAAAGGGCAAGACGGGAGCAGGGAAAGGGAAGGAGCCAGGAAGCCGCGCGGAAGGGCGCGCGUGCGCGCCCCUUUUUCAGCAGUGUGGCGGGGUCGCACGCACGCCCGCCUCGGCGGCUGGGCGCAAUUUGCGACAGUGGGGGGAGCGGCGGAGGUGGCGGCGGCAGCGGCAACUUUGCGGCAAGCUCUGGCCGGGCUUGCUUGACGGCGGUGUGGCGGAGGCCCCGCCCGAGGCGGCAGGAACCUGGAGGGAGGCGGAGGAAUAUGUCCGAGAGGGAAGUGUCGACAGCGCCGGCGGGAACAGACAUGCCUGCAGCCAAGAAGCAGAAGCUGAGCAGCGACGAGAACAGCAACCCGGACCUCUCUGGAGACGAGAAUGAUGAUGCUGUCAGUAUAGAAAGUGGUACAAACACUGAACGCCCUGAUACACCUACAAACACGCCAAAUGCACCUGGAAGGAAAAGUUGGGGAAAGGGAAAAUGGAAGUCAAAGAAAUGCAAAUAUUCUUUCAAAUGUGUAAAUAGUCUCAAGGAAGAUCAUAACCAACCAUUGUUUGGAGUUCAGUUUAACUGGCACAGUAAAGAAGGAGAUCCAUUAGUAUUUGCAACUGUUGGAAGCAACAGAGUUACCUUAUAUGAAUGUCAUUCACAAGGUGAAAUCCGGUUGUUGCAAUCUUAUGUGGAUGCUGAUGCUGAUGAAAACUUUUACACUUGUGCUUGGACCUAUGAUAGCAAUACAAGCCAUCCUCUGCUGGCUGUAGCUGGAUCCAGAGGCAUAAUUAGGAUAAUUAAUCCUAUAACAAUGCAGUGUAUAAAGCACUAUGUUGGCCAUGGAAAUGCUAUCAAUGAGCUGAAAUUCCACCCAAGAGAUCCAAAUCUUCUCCUGUCAGUAAGUAAAGAUCAUGCUUUACGAUUAUGGAAUAUCCAAACGGACACUCUGGUGGCAAUAUUUGGAGGCGUAGAAGGGCACAGAGAUGAAGUUCUAAGUGCUGAUUAUGAUCUUUUGGGUGAAAAAAUAAUGUCUUGUGGUAUGGAUCACUCUCUUAAACUUUGGAGGAUCAAUUCAAAGAGAAUGAUGAAUGCAAUUAAGGAAUCUUAUGAUUAUAACCCAAAUAAAACUAACAAGCCAUUUAUUUCUCAGAAAAUCCAUUUUCCUGAUUUUUCUACCAGAGACAUACAUAGGAAUUAUGUUGAUUGUGUGCGAUGGUUAGGCGAUUUGAUACUUUCUAAGAGUGGCCGUGCCAUUUUACAUUCUCACCAGCAAUGUAUGAGAGAUCCAGUUUCUCCGAAUCUUCGCCAGCAUUUGUCUUGUGAAAAUGCCAUUGUGUGCUGGAAACCAGGCAAAAUGGAAGAUGAUAUAGAUAAAAUUAAACCCAGUGAGUCUAAUGUGACUAUUCUUGGGAGAUUUGAUUAUAGCCAGUGUGACAUUUGGUACAUGAGGUUUUCUAUGGAUUUCUGGCAAAAGAUGCUUGCACUGGGCAAUCAGGUUGGCAAACUUUAUGUUUGGGAUUUAGAAGUAGAAGAUCCUCAUAAAGCCAAAUGUACAACACUGACCCAUCAUAAAUGUGGUGCUGCUAUUCGACAAACCAGUUUUAGCAGGGAUAGCAGCAUUCUCAUAGCUGUCUGUGAUGAUGCCAGUAUUUGGCGCUGGGAUCGACUUCGAUAAAAUACUUUUGCAUAAUCAAAGUUAGUGUGUGUUGUCUGUGUAAAAUAGAAUUAAUGUAUCAUGCUAGUAAGGGCACAUAGAGCAUUUUAGAGUUGUCUUUCAGCAUUCAAUCAGGCUGAGCUGAAUGUAGUGAUGUUUACAUUGUUUACAUUCUUUGUACUGUCUUCCUGCUCAGACUCUACUGCUUUUAAUAAAAAUUUAUUUUUUUAAAGUU